UAAUUAUCAGAAACUGUUUGUGUGACCGAGUUUAACCACACAGCAGAGGGCUGUAGUCCUGACUGCGGUCGGUAGGUGGCGGUGUUUUGCGCCUUGACUCGACGACAGCAGGAAGUUGAACAACAUCCACAUCACAUCCGUGAGACAUCACAGCAACAAAGCGUCUGAGGCAGUCCCACCAAAGUUCUCCUACAGUCUGUAAAUGUCCUCUGGAGCUCCAAAAGGAGAGAACUGCCUUGUAGACAUGGACAGCAAGGCCGGAGAUCUGUUCAGUGCCGAUGAUGCUCAUCCGACUGGCACUGGUGGAGCUGGAAUCAUGGCAAAGCUCUGGCUCCCCAAGGGCUUCUCAGUCAGUAUGGCUAAAGAGUGGAUCGACAGACGUCGGGUGUCCAUUCGACCUUGGGCCAGUUUUGUUGACCAACGCAAGUUUUCGAAGCCCCGCAAUUUUGGAGAUAUGUGCCAGAGGGUUGUGAAAAAUGUGGAAACUUACAACAGCAACUACACCUUCAUCUUCCUGGGUCUCAUCCUGUACUGCAUUAUCAGCUCUCCAAUGCUCCUGAUUGCCUUGGCUGUGUUCGCUGGUGCCUUCUACAUCAUUCACCUCAAGUCCCUCGAGUCCAAACUUGUUGUCCUCGGCAAGGAGCUGACUGUCCCUCACCAGAUGAGUUUGGCUGGAGCUGUGUCUCUUCCUGUGUUCUGGUUGGCUGGAGCUGGAGCUGCAGUCUUUUGGGUUCUAGGAGCGACGCUGUUUGUGAUCGGCUCUCAUGCUGCGUUCCGUGAGCUGGAGGGAUCCGACAUGGAAGAGCUCCUCAUGGAGCCAGUGUGAAGAGCGGGCUGAAUUCUCAGCACAUGCUGGUUGACGAUCAGUCAUCACUUUGACCCUGUUAACCUAGAGAGGUGCUCCCAGAUCUGUUCCUUAGCUGUGUGUGCAUCCUGUAUUCCCUGCAUCUUACGUAUGCCACUGUACCAAGAACGCACCUUGUCUUGCCCGUAAAGUAAUCGUUAUUCCAAACUAUGUUGCCUUUUACAAACUCAUUCAUAACCAUAUGCACAAAUAAUUUGUUAAUGAGUAUUUAAGCACAUAAUCAUACAGACUAUAUGCCUUUCUCUACAUUUUUUUAUAUCUUGCUCUGGUUCGUGCCAAAUGGCCUCUGGCUCCCGGCAACGUCCGUCAUGCUGUGACGUAUUUCAGCUUAUUAAUCUCUUAGGAUCUGUGCUGUACUCUGCUGUAGAUACAUUCAAAAAUAAGUCAUGUACCAUCUGAUAAGAUAGCUGAUUUCUGAUGUAAAUGUACUGUUUGCAACUCUAAACUGCUAAAAAAAAAAGAUUUAUUUUCCAAAGGAAAAGUGCCAUUUAAAGCUUUAAAAAAACAUGUCUCUUAUAAUGAUCAUGCACAAAUGAAAUCAUGUUUAUUCAAGAGAAUACAAAUAAACACUUUAGGAUUUCAGAUAGGGUACUUAACAUAGAUAGGUUAAUGAGAAUACAUCUUAAAAGGUCAGUAGUGUUUUGUAUUUGAGAUAAUAUGUUGCUUACUGUCUGUGUGCAUAUUUAUCAGCAGCUCUACUCAGAACGUUCUGAUCAUUCUGUAAACCUGAAAUAUUUGUUGAAAUUCCUCAUUCAUUUGUUUACGUUUCCAUGUAAGUUGGGUAUUUUUGUAUUUAAAUGACAUUUUGGAAGUGCAAUAAACCCCUGAGGUACAGAUAA